AUGGGUUGCGGCUUGUCGACGCCGGACAGCGAUGGCGGCGGCGGCGGCGCGCGGAGGAAACAGGGCAGCGUCGGCGACGUCGUCGUCUUCCUCCCGGGGCUCCGGGCGCCCAUGGGCGUGGACUUGUCCCAGGCGCUCGCGGGGCGCCUGGACAAGGGCGCCGUGGAGAGGCUGUCGGCCCUGAGAGCGCGCGUCGUCGACAUGGCAAUGCAAGAAUCGGCGGUGGCGCUCAAGCCCAGGCGGAAGGCCGCCGCACGGCACGGAUCUAGCACUGCUAACCUCCUGCAGGCGCUGGAGGACUACUUGCCACUUCUGCUAGGAUUGGUGAAAGAAGGUAGUGAGUUGAGGCACAGCGUGCAGUUUGUGUGGACUAACCAAGAGGACAAGGCCGAGGAGACGGCCAUGGCGGAUGCAUGGUACGAGGUGCUGUCCGUGCUGCAUUUGAUGGCCAUGGUCUGCUUGCUGCAGGCCAACUCCCUGCUCCUGCCAAGGGCUUACGGCGAUGGUUACGGGCCACGGGUCUCUGAAGAGAGCAGACGUGCCACCGUCGACGUUUUCUUGAAAGCAUCUGGCUACUUGGACUGCGCGAUUCGACAAGUGCUCCCACAGAUACCAUCAGAACUAAGGAGACAACUUCCAGUAGACCUGGCUGAAGGAAAUCUCAAAGCUCUUAGCCUGCAAGCUCUGGGUCAGGGUGUUGACAUGCAGCUUGGGCUGGCAAUCGAUAGCCCAAAGGCCACACAAGCUGUAAAAAGGCGCUUAGCUUGUGAGAUGGUCAAAUAUUGGCAUCAGGUUCAGGAGAGCAUUCCAGAUCUUCCUGUGUCUGACGGAUGGGGAAAAAAGCAUCUACUAUUUGUCAAGUGGAAGUAUGUCGAAGCAAAGGUGCGUGAAUCUGCAGCAUACUACUUCCAUGGUUUGAUUCUUGACGAAGGAAACAGCGAGAAAUCUCAUGGAAUGGCAAUAGCAGCAUUGGAAGCUUCGGAGGAAUUUCUGAAAGAAAGCAAAAGGGCCUCUGAAGCCUUCCAUGCAACUCCUCCAACAUCUAGGAGCCCCACUCCAUUUGGAACAGCCAAGUAUCUGUUUGACAAGAUCCCGAAAGAGGCUUCAAGCAAGGUCCGGAUCAACCAGGACCUGUAUACUCCAGAAAGGGUCAUUGGAGCACCACCCCCGUUGCCGGAUUUCUCAUUGGCACUAACACCUGAAGACUAUGAUCUUCCUCCAUUAGACCCACUUUGGAACAAAGAAGAUGGUCACCAGUAG